AGCGUGCUGAAGAAACUGGUCAGCGGCGGGCGCGCGCAGAUGCUCUCUCGCGCGCUCUCUUCAGUUCAGCCGCUGCGCGUCACGCGAGCAGAGAUCAAGCCGUCGCCUCGGUUCUCCGUCGUGUUUACUCUUGAGAAGCUGCUCAUGAUGCGAGGUGUGUGUGUUGUUCAGCUGCUGCUCGCGACGCUGACCGGCGCGGGAGAAGCGCGGGAGACCGGCGGCGGGAAUUUCCUGGAGGACGAGCCCCGGUGGCUCUCGAACGUGCACCGGUACAGCCGCACCGUCAAACACUGGAACCGCUUCAGAGACGAAGUGGAGGAUGACUACAUCCGUACGCUGGAAGGUCCGCAGGCUUCUGAUGAAAGUGUGGACACCACGAAGGAUCCGUGUCAGAAGGUGAAGUGCAGUGGUCACAAGGUUUGUGUGGCUCAGGGAUAUCAGCGAGCGGUGUGUGUGAACCGCAAGAAACUGCAGCACAGAAUCAGAGAAUCUGGACUGAAGCCUCAUGCUGGCAGCUGUAGACCCUGUUCAGAGACAACCUCGACACCUGUGUGUGGAUCAGACGGACACAACUACAACUCACAGUGUAAGCUGGAGCAGCAGGCGUGUUUGUCGGGGAAGGAUCUGUCCGUUCUGUGUUCUGGUUCUUGUCCUUGUAUCAGUGCUGGACCUCCUAAAGCAGAACCCAAGAUCAAGACGAAUCCAGAGACGUCACCUGAACCCAAACCAGAGCUCUGCACCGGUCAGGAUUUGGCAGAUUUGGGCGACAGACUCCGAGACUGGUUUCAGCUCCUGCAUGGAAAUGCUAAACAGAACAACUCUGGAAGACAAAGCACAGCAUCAGUGUUUGACCGGGGGCUCGUGGCCGGCUGUAAGGACUCCAUCGGCUGGAUGUUCUCCAAGCUGGACACCAGUAAUGACCUGUUCCUGGAUCAGUCCGAGCUGGACGCCAUAAACCUGGAGAAGUAUGAAGUGUGCAUCAGGCCCUUCUUCAGCUCGUGCGACUCGCACCGCGACGGGAAGGUGUCCACGGCAGAAUGGUGCCUGUGCUUCUGGAGAGAGAAACCUCCGUGUUUGGCUGAAAUCGAGAGGAUCCAGAUACAGGAGGCGUCUAAGAGGAAACCAGGCAUGUACAUCCCCAGCUGUGAUGAGGACGGCUACUACAGGAAGCUGCAGUGUGACCGCAGUCGCAGUGAGUGCUGGUGCACCGACCCUCAUGGAGCCGAGGUCACCGGGUCACGUAUCCAUGGAAACCCCGACUGCGACGAGCUGCUCAGCUCCGGAGACUUCAGCAGCGGCGUCGGCUGGGAGGACGAGGAGGAGAAGGACGGGAACGCAGAGGAAGAGGAGGAGGAGGAGUCCGAGCCGGGAGAGAGCGACGACGCCGGGUACAUCUGGUAAAACACCUUCAUCGUCUGACAUCCACCUGUUUUACUUUGGCUUCCUGAAACAUUCGACCAGCGUUUGAGUGUUUUUGAUUUCCGUCAUCGGUUUAUCGGAUGCAAGAUUCAGAAUCAGACUCUGCAACGCGGGAAACACAAAAGCCUUGAGUUUGAUGCAUCAUCAUUAACAGGGUAUUACGGUUCAGUUGAGGUGAUUUAUGCAACAGAACUUGUCCGCAAUGGUUUAUAAACCUCUGGAGAUCAGGUUUACACUCACUGUACAGACCUUCAUCCGAGUGAAUGUGACUAUAAUCAUGAGUUUCAGCCUCUAUCUCUAAAGAGGAAAAAUUGGAUGAAUUUAAAAUGCAUAUUCCCUAAAUUAAGGCUCAGAAAUGAUCAGAGUGUGUCUCAAAACUCAUUCUCUAAUUCACAUUCACAAAAAAUGAUAAAAAUGAAUGUAAAAUUGUAGAAAAGUGCAUUUGCAAAUCGGAUUUAGCAAAUAUAACAAGGUUAUGAAUUUAUCAACUAUAUAAAAAAAUUUUGUGCAUGUAAGUUUAUUUCAAGUAUAUAUUUAUUAUUUAUAAGCAAUAUAAUUAUUAUAAGUAUAUGUUUGCAAACUCACCUAAUUUACUGCAUAUUCCCAAAAUAUGAUUUGAAAAUUUUACUUUCACAGAAUGCAAAAAUUAAUUCUUAAAUACACAAAUAUGUUUGCAUCUUUCUGAAAGUUUCUACAUCAACAGAUUGACUUCUUUGUGAAUUCGCUUACAUUUAAGUUUAUAAUUAUAAGUAUAUUUUUGCAAACAUAAAUCAGCAAACUCAGUCUAAUUCAUAUUCACAAUCUAUGAUUUGCAAAUGCACAAAUUUACAGUCACAAAAUAAGAUUGACAAACGUAAAACUGAUUGACUUUUUUUUGUGAAUGUGAAUAAGCUUAUGUUUAGUAUUAAUUAUUAUUAAUUAUAAGUAUAUUUAUAAGUAUGUUUUAUAUAUUUGCAUAUAUUUAUAAUUUAGAAGUAACAUUUAUUUUAAGUAGGGAUGCACGAUAUUGGAUUUUUGCCGAUAUUUUUCAACUCUUUUUGGCCGAUAUCCGAUAUAUUUCCUUUAGUUUGGAAACAACACCAAGUCUCUCCUGUACAGAGAUUAUAUACAAAUUAUUUUUCAUUUUGGUUAGUUUUUAGCACCCCCGAAGUAAAUAAAGGGUAAGGCAUAUCGGCAUAAUUUUAAUAUCGGGCCGAUGCCGAUAUUUUCAUUCUAAGCCAUUAUCGGCCGAUUUCAAUAACGUUUCGAUAAUAUUGUGCAUCCCUAAUUUUAAAUAUAAAUUUGCAAACAGAAAAAGACAAAACCUCGUAACCCUU